AUGGCAGCUAUAGACAAGCGUGAAGGACCUUGCGGUACAAAAAGUAAGAAACAGUUGGGGAAAUAUUGCGUUGCUGGUGGUCCUGGUAAUAUCAGUUGUAAGAAUAACUCCACCGUCCAAGGAAUAUCCAUGCAUGGAUUCCCUAAGACUGAAGGAACUCUGCGAAAUUUGUGGAUAAAGUUUGUCCAACGACAUCGACCUAACUGGCAGCCAUCGCCAUAUUCAACAUUAUGCUCGGCUCAUUUUGAGGUGCAUUUCUACCUCCAGCGUCCAGACAUCACUGUUAACCAGUUAGACACAGACAACUCCUUUCAAACAAAGAAAAUGUUGGACAGAAAGAUAGCCUAUCCUACGAUUGAUACUGUUCAGCCUGAGCGAGAAGUGCAUAAUAUUUCUGAUCGUGAGCAUAGAAAGGUAUGAUUGUGUAUAAAUAUGUAGUUUGUUGACAAAAAUUGAAUGUGUUGUAUUUAUCUCGCAAAGUAUAUUUCUAUACAUUUAUAUUAUAUUGAUUUUUAUUGAUAUAAUCGUUUAUGUUUUGUAGAUUUUGCGUGAUAUAGGAGGUCAUUCAAGCACGACCGAUUUCAGUGAUUUGCAUACCGCACAAGAAGCCGAUGUCAACAACGAAGUGAUCGAAGUAUUCCAAGACGCUGUAACCGAAUUUACAUGCAGUACACCGAAGGCAAAGACAGAUGUUGCAUCUAACUUUCCUGACUUUGUGACUUCGCCUGUUUCUCCUUCCACUGAUUGUGAAAAAUGAGAAUUGUUUGCUGAGGAGAUUCGUCGGUACAAAGACAAUUUGAGGAAGUGUAAAGCGAGAAACAAGAGACUGAGAAAACAGCUCUGUGACCAGAAACAAACUAUAACACAACAGACCAACCAGGUUUGUUUUCUACUUUAUAAUGAAUUAUUCUACAAUUCAUAAAUAAAAUAUAUAGUAAUCAGUAUAACUAUAUUUGUGUCUCGCGUUACAACAGAAAACACAAACCAGGCAGUGAAUUCAAUAUAAUUAUAUAUUUAUAUUAGGCAAAACAUCUGGCAUACAAUACCCAUUUAUUGGAUCAAUUCCUGGCACAGGUUCAAUUCCUUCCACAGGUUCAAUUCCUUCCAGAGGGCCUAUAUAGUUAAAUUUUUGCUACUGGUCCUGGUCUAAAAAUCAUUUUAAAAUUUAAUUUCCUUUCAAUAGCAACAAGAAAAUCAGAUGGAAGACAUUCCUGAACAGCCUGAAGAAAAUGAGAGUCAAGACAUAUUGGUGCAAGAAAGUUACGAUGAGCCUCCUGAUGAAAGUCAGACCGAAUCGGAUGAAGAAAGUGAUUCCGAGGUUCCAUGGAAAGCGAUGGAAGAAGAAGCUGAAGAGAAUGAUUAUGGCAACGAUGAAGAACUGAAUAGGGCAACACAAAAUACUAUUAGGUAUGAUAGACAUUACAUAUUUAUUAUGCCUUUCAAAAAAUUCUCAGGCCAGAAAAUACAACAUGGUUUUUACAUAAAGCAUUUUUAAUUAUCUAAGUGACAAAACAUUGUAUACAUUGACAACUUAUGUCAACCUGCGACAAGCAACAACAAAAAUGUGCUUGAGAUAACCUGCACCACUUACAAACACCCUAUUUCAUUGGUGUUGAAGCAGUGUGUGAUAACUACCGGGUGUUCCAAGAAAAACUGUACACUGUUUGAUUUAUUGUAACAUGAAAACUAUAAACGCUAUCGCACUUGAAAUUUCAUUGAAUUCGGAAAGGGCCAACUUAGAUUUUGAUACAUAACAUUUAAUUUUCCGUGCAAUAUUGACUGCGUUAUGGAUGUUUUAAAGUUGAACUGCCAUUUUUGGAAAUGCCAAUAAUUAGUAUAAAACGGCCUAUCAAAUACUCAUUUAGGACACCUGUGAAUUAUUAACGCAUGUAUGAACAAUAAAACUGUUUUAUAUAAGUCUGUUAAAAAGCAAAAGUUUUAUAAAUAAAACAAUUCUAUUGUACAUAUAUGUGCGUUCUUUUAAUCAGAAUAAAAAAAAUUCACAAGUGAACUAAAUGGGUAUUUGAUAGGCCAUUUUUUAACACCCGUUACAUUUCUCAAACAAAAAUAAAAGUUAGAAAUAACCAGAUUUGACAAUUGGCUACUUACUAUAAUAUCAUCUUUUGUGUACCACUGACUGAAUUAAAUGAAAAUUUUUCUUUUUGCAGUGUACCACCUAAUGUCAAAUGCCAAGACGAACCAAAGUUCAUAGUGUUCUAUAGUACACUAUUAUCGUUGUUUUCUUUGUUCUGCUUUCGAUGUAAGAAGGACAAACCAACAGUAAAAAUGCUAAGAAAUGGAACUAUGGUUACUGUAACACAGUAUUGUGAUGCUUGCCAAGCAAAGUCGUUUACCUGGAGAAGUCAACCAUUUGUGUUUGGAAGGUAUCCAGUUGGAAAUAUAUUACUGAGUUUUGCAGUACUAAUGGCUGGUGCAUCAAUAAGCAAGGUUCUUCUUGUAUUCAAGCAUAUGGGAUUGGCUGCAUAUACUCCAAGAUCAUUUUUUUACCAUCAAAGCAGAUUUCUUAUUCCUACGAUCCUGAUGUAUUGGGAGUCAUAUCGAGACUCCUUGAUUGAUUCUCUGAAGAAUGUUGGUGAAACAGUUUGGUGUAGUGAUGGUAGAUUUGACUCCAUGGGCCACUCUGCUAAAUACAUACACCAUGUUCUGCACAACCAUCCUUAA